UGCGCGCGUAUGCGCGCGUUUGCAUACAGCGUUUACCGACGUUUUUGUUCCUCGUAUUUUUUCUUAUAAUCCAAUAGGAAAAAUGAUAAUCCCUGACAUCACUUGUUGCUAUCCUAGGAUUUUUAUUUUCCUCUUCCUGUGUGAAUAUACCUCUUCCGGGUCAUCAUUGUGCUUCCCAUUCCAAAAUGAACGACGAUGAGAUGGCAUGUAUGAUGGCAGCAGUCACUGCCACCUCGUAUAUGCUAUACCAGGGACAGAGGAGAAGGAAGAGGGCACGGAGAUAUUGGAUCCACCCUGUUAUUGCCGGUCGGGAAGAAACAGGACAGUUUUGGGUCCUUUAUAAAGAUCUCCGAGAGCACGAGGAGAAAUUCCUGGACUACACCAGAAUGUCUAUGAAAAGUUUUGAUGAGUUGCUAGAACUGCUCAGCGGUAGAUUACAGAGGAUGGACACCUAUUUCCGCAAUUCCAUACCCCCUGUGGAGCGACUUAUCAUCACACUGAGAUAUUUAUCAACUGGACAGUCUCUUGGAAGUCUACAUUAUGCCUUCCGUAUAGGCAAGUCGACAGCGAGUUAUAUUAUACGUGACACCUGCUCUGCUAUAUGGGAGGUUCUCCAGGAGGUAGUGUUCAAGAAACCUACUGCACAGGAAUGGGCACAGAUUGCGGAGGUAUUCUGGCAACGCUGCAACUUUCCUAAUUGUGUCGGAGCAAUAGAUGGGAAGCACAUUAGGAUUGUGAAGCCCAUGAGAAGUGGAAGUGAAUUCUUCAAUUACAAGAAAUAUUUCUCUUUUGUAUUGAUGGCUGUAGCAGAUGCAAACUACUGUUUUACUUACAUAGACAUUGGGUCAUAUGGGAGCAGCGCGGACUCAACCAUCUUUGGAAACUCGAACUUUGGUCAAAUGCUGCGAUCAGAUGAUCUUGACCUACCACAAUGCCGUCCUCUCCCAGGCACAAAUGGCCCUCCACUACCAAGUGUUUUUGUGGGUGAUGAGGCCUUUUCUUUGGGGACAAACCUCCUGCGGCCUUAUUCGGGGCAUAGUUUGACAGAGGAGAGAAGGGUAUUCAACUACCGCCUAACCCGGGCACGGCGAGUAGUUGAAUGCACUUUUGGAAUACUUGCCAAUAAGUGGCGGCUUCUGCACACUCCCAUAGUGUUAAACAUGCAGAAUGCCGUCACGGCUGUCAAAGCUGCGUGCGCCUUGCACAAUUUUGUGAGGCAGCGCGAUGGCUUCGAUUUCGAAGAACCGGUUACUGAGACUCUGGAAAGAGCUCAGUGGACUGGUGUCCGUGGGAACAGGCAGGGCUCCCAUGUACGGGAUCAAUAUGCCGCAUAUUUUAUGUCUCCUGAAGGACAGGUGCCAUGGCAGCUGGAUUCCAUUUAAUUAUUAAUAUUAUUCUUUUUUUGUGAGACUGUCAAUGCUUGACGUACUUUUUUGAAGAAUACAUCAUAUGCUGUUGUAAUACAAUAAAAUAAAAAUAUGUUAUUAAUGUAUUAAGAAGUCUCAUGUUUGUUUUAUUUUGAGGUUUUUUUUAAAUCGGUGUCAUGGUGUCAGGAUGGGAACAAUAACUCACAGGUCCUGCCUCAGUGGUAACAUAGGGUUGUUGGUUACUAGGAAGGGGAGUAUCCCCCCAAUGGGGGCACUGUACUGUAUACAUAACUGAUGUACUGAUGCACUGAUAACAAUGAUGGUAUACUAAUCCUCCUAGGUGGAAUAGUAUACCAUCAUUGUUAUCAUUGAAUAAUACAGUGCAGUGCCCCAUUGUUUGUGUCAAUGGGGGGCAUAGUGCGUCAGGACAUUGGAAGGCUAGCAAACGGCCAAAUCU